ACCAUGUAGCUACUCAUACUACAAGAGUAUUCUUUCAGACAAUUGACAAUCGAAAAGAGGAAGUACAAUUUGGAAAUUUUACGAAUCACCCUUGGAAGUGUUGGUUUACAGUAAUAAACAUAUCAGAACAAAUUGAUACAAUUAAAAAUGUUUCAUUCACCUGAAUAUUGCAAAACUUUGUCACUGAAAUUAUCUGAGGUAUUAGAGGUUGUUGGUGUUAAUGAGGAAAUUGUGAUGAAAAGGAGAAGAAUGUUCGUGUUCAUGGAGAGUUUAGAAACGAUCUUAUACAGAUCAUGUGGCGGAAACGAAACUGCAUAUCAUUUUGGGAGUCAGUCUGAAGGGACCACUACUAUAGGACUUACUUCAGAUGUUGAUACGGUAAUUGUAGAUUAUGAUUAUGAUGUGAUACAAGACUGGGCAGAAUGGAAACAAAAUAAGAUCAAUAAGAUCAAUCUUCUAAUGAUACAGGAUGAGAAUACAAUACCAGGAUAUUGUUUUCUACAACGAUUUCGAUCCGAUGAACCUCUCUUUGAGACAAACAUUCCUGAUGAAAAUUACAUAAGAUAUAGCAAAAGGAGAGUAUUAUUAAGAAAUAUGUUCUUAACAACUUUUCCCCUUGAAAAUAUUGAGCGACACGGGCCAUCAAAUGCUAUGUCAGGGAAUGAUGGGUACUGCGACAGUGACAUUGUAUUUGCUUUUCCUUGUAAUUCAAGACUUCAAUCAACAUCACAAUUUCUAGAAAGACCCGGAGCUAUGACGUGGUUAUCACCUGAAAGUAUCAGAUAUGCAGCUAGCUGUGAUUGUUUUGUUGUUGCUACUUAUCCAGAAUUAGAGUGGAGAAUAUCUACUUCUCUAGCAGAGCGUUGUUUGAUGUUCAAUCUAAAUAUUACGCAAUUACAAUGCUAUGUUUUAAUGAAAAUUACUUUGAAAUCCUUUUUCAAUUCCGUUAAAAAGAAUGCACUGUCAAGUUUUAUGUGUAAAACUGUUUUGUUACAUUGUAUCGAAAAUACAGAACAACAAAUAUGGAAAAAGGAAAAUAUUUUUACAUGUUUGUCAUACUGCUUGCUUGAACUCCACACCCAUGUUCAAAAUGGAAAUUGCCCGCAUUUCAUUAUUUCUGAAAACAACUUAAUGGCCGGAACAUUUACAGCUGAAGAGAAGCGAGACGUUUUACAAAAAAUAUGUGACACAAUACAGAGCGAUGGAAGAUUUUUACUGCGAAUAAGCGUGGAUAAUAUUAGCAAGAGAAUACAGGUCAAAUUGAGUACAAUUGUUCAUGUUGCGUAUAAUAUUGCAACCUCACUUGAGAUACACGAAGUAUGUUCUUCUGGACUUUUAAUCAAUCUAAUGAAGGGGAUACGCGAAAGAAUAUUAUUUCUUUUUAACAAAUUGUCAAAUGAACACAUAUGUAAUCUUAAGCAGAUUAUCUUAAAGCUUACAUACUACAGUGUUCACGGAAGUAGACUGGAACAGCUUGCAAGUAGUUGUCUGGCACCAUUUCUUUGUUCUACACUUGGUCUUAUUAUGGCGUCAUCAAGUAUUGGACAGAAUAAUCCAGUUCAAAAUGAAGCGCUUAAGUGGCUUACAUUGGGUUUGAACUCAGAUGUCACAUCUGGCAGACUAGAAUUAGCUUCAAUGUUCUACUGUGUAGGUAUUAUGGAUAGAGCAGAGUUCAUUCUAAAACAAACUGAAAUUCGAUAUAACUCUACUGUUGUUGAACCUGUGUGUGGCUGCUGGUCUCAUCCAUGGACAAGUCGGUCUGCUGAAUUUAAAAAGAAAUGCAGUGAAGAAAGUGAGAAUAGCUUUAAUAGUAUCGCAUCUCUUUGUGUCAGAUUUCUGAAGUCAGAAGUAAAUUGUGUGCCUCGAGAAUUGCGGUAUGAAAUGAUGAGAUCUACACGAGAUGAUAUGCCACAAAGACGUCUAAAUGAAAGGGAAUGGAUGAACUAUGCUAUUGUUGAUUCCCUCCCUUAUCUCUACUUCUUACAGUACAAGACAUACAGUCAUUUACAAAGUCAUCAGGAUCAACAACGGGCACUUAGUAACCUUAUGGAGGUUAUCUUAACAGGAAGAAACUUUGGUCACAGGGAGACAGCUCUCAACCUUCUCGGUCAAUGUAUGGAACAAGAGGACAAACCAAGGGAAGCAUUACAGUGCUAUAUGUUUUCCCUUCAACAAAGAGAACGAAACAAUGCGGCAAAGUUUCAUAUUUGUAAUUUAGUAAGAAAGUAUGUUUCAAACAUGUAGACUUUCGACGUUACCUUUACAGGUAAAAUGACAGUAAGAAAGUAUGAUGAAUUGUGCAUUUAACCAAAAUGAAGUUUUUUGUAAGGUUGCCUCAGACGUUCUGUAAGUUUGCAGUUAUAUCUCAGUAUUCUAGAAUGCCAUUUUAACAAACAAACCAAAGUUGAAGUGUGAUCAUGUCAUCAUAAUAAUCAUCAUAUUUGUUAAGCACAUGUAAGUAUGAUAUAAUUUAUCUAAGGAUUAAAGCAUUGAUGAAAAAAACAAUAUUUUAAAAAUGUGUCCGUUGUUUUGUUUCAAGUUUAUUUUUGGCUUUUAUCGCUGUAAAAACUAAAUAGA